UCCCCGGGGUCCUCUGCCGUCCGGAGCUCCCCGCGCGACUCCGCCAUGACUCGCCUGACUCUGACUCUGACUCUGCUGGCGGUGGCUGCCGCGCUGGCCGCCGCCGACUACUGCGAGGAUUUCGAGUCGGGCGACUCUGGCCAGUUGUGGUCGGGUAACCCGCUGGACCAGGCCGGUACCUGGGAGGUGCGGCUGGCCUCGGAGCUGCGCCGGCAGGUGCCCGACCUGCCGGCCGAGCCCAGCGGCCGCUACCUGGCCUGGGUGGCGCCGCUCAACUUCUCCUCUACAGAGUACGUCCACGGCCGGCUGGUGACGACCGCGGCGCUCCCCUACCCGGCCGGCUCCUUCAUCUCGUUCCGCUACUGGAUCCGAUCCCAGUACGUGUCCUCGGCCGCGCUGGACGUGCGAUUUGUGGUGGGCACCGCCGAGCAGCCGACGCCGUUCCUGGACCUGAGCGACCAGAGCGGGCCGACCAACGACCAGUGGCGCACGGUGACGGCCCAGAUCCCCGCCUCCAGCCAGCCCGUCAAGCUGUCCAUUUUCGGCGGUCGCGGUCUGGACCAAUUGGACCAGGUGGCCAUCGAUGACAUCACGGUCCAUGGUCCGGACGGUCUGGACCAUCCGUGCGGCCUCGUACCGGUCUCCACGACAACUACCGAAAAACCUACCACAACUACUCCGGAACCCACUACAACUACACUUCAAACUACUACAACUACCCCGAAACCUACCACAACUACCCCGGAACCUACCACAACUACCCCGGAACCUACCACGACUACUCCGGAACCUACUACAACUACCCCUGAAGCUACCACAACUACCCCUGAACCUACUACAACCACCCCGGAACCUACAACUACUCCUGAGCCCACUACAACUACCCCGGAACCUACUACAACUACGCCUAAGCCUACCACAACUACCCCUGAACCUACUACAACUACCUCGGAACCUACAACUACUCCUGAGCCUACUACAACUACCACGGAACCUACUACAACUACGCCUAAGCCUACCAGAACUACCCCUGAGCCUACUACAACCACUCCGGAACCUACUACAACUACCCCUGAGCCUACCACAACUACCCCUGAACCUACUACAACUACCCCUGCGCCCACUACCCCUGCCCCCACCACCCCUGCCCCCACCACCCCUGCGCCCACCAGCUCCCCCACGCCCGCCCCGAGUUGGCAGUGCGUCUGCUCCCUGGGUACCCACGACCAUUCCUCCGAUCACGUGUUCACGCUGGUCUCUCUGCGGCCGUUCCCGUCGUACGGCUGCGACCACGAGGCGGAGCAUCUCUGCGAGGAGGAGUGCCGCACCUCGCGGGACAUCUUCGAGGCGGCCGGCGACUGGGAGUCCCUGGUGAACGGUAGCCGGCUGGGUGACCUGGCCUGCGCCGCCUGGGGCCGCGACGAGAUGCACGGCCUGGUCACCGGCAUGUACGACAAACUGUGCGACAGAGACCGCAAACACGUGGGCAAUUUUGAGCCGCACCUCUGCUGCAAGGAUGGGGCGUACGUGGCGUGUAAAUUGAGCAUGGCGAGGAACCGGCUGGUCAGAAACCGACCCUGAACGGCGGACGGUGUCUGGUGAGGUGUAUCUGGAUAUGUAGAUGCUGGUCAUCAAUACAGAUACUUCUCGAUAUA